CAGGCCGCGCGGAAGGGCGCGCGGCCGCGGAGGCCCCCUCCCCCACUUUUCGCUGCGCACGGCAGGAACCCGUCGCCCGGGCUGCUUCGCCUGCUGUGGUCGGUCGUCGUCAUGGAUUCUCCGUGGGAUGAGCUGACCCUUGCCUUUUCUCGCACGUCUAUGUUCCCCUUCUUUGACAUCGCCCACUACCUGGUGUCCGUGAUGGCGCUGAAGCGUCAGCCAGGAGCUGCGGCAGUGGCAUGGAAGAAUCCUCUUUCAAGCUGGUUUACUGCUAUGCUCCAUUGCUUUGGUGGAGGAAUUUUAUCCUGUGUAUUGCUUGCAGAGCCUCCGUUGAGGUUUCUUGCAAACACCACUAAUAUAUUACUGGCAUCUUCAAUCUGGUAUAUUAUAUUUUUUUGCCCAUGUGACCUAGUUUCCCAGGGCUAUUCUUUCCUACCUGUUCAACUCUUGGCUGCGGGAAUGAAAGAAGUGACCAGAACUUGGAAAAUAGUAGGUGGAGUCACACAUGCUAAUAGCUAUUACAAAAAUGGCUGGAUAGUCAUGAUAGCUAUUGGAUGGGCUCGAGGUGCAGGUGGUACUGUUAUCACGAAUUUUGAGCAGUUGGUAAAAGGAGGUUGGAAACCAGAAGCUGAUGAAUGGCUGAAGAUGUCCUACCCUGCCAAGGUAACCCUCCUGGGGUCAGUUAUCUUCACUUUCCAGCACACGAAGCAUCUGGCAGUAUCAAGGCAUAACCUUAUGUUCCUUUAUACCAUGUUUCUUGUGGCCACAAAGAUAACCAUGAUGAUUACAGAGACUGCUAAUGUGCCUUUCGCUCCUUUUGAGGAUACAUUGAGUCGGAUGCUGUUUGGCUGGCAGCAGCAGUUUUCAUCAUGUGAAAAGAAAAGUGAAACAAAAUCAUCUUUUAAUGGUACUGGUUCAUCGACCUCAAAACCUAUAGCUGUUGCUUCAGAUACUGUUAAAAAGAAACAUACUAAGAAGACUGAGUAAAUUUACUUUAUGAGCUCUAAAGGCAGAAAUUUUUUUUCUUAUCUACCUGUCUGAUUGUGAUAAAUAUUUCUAUGUAAAUGAUGUGAAAUAAAGAUUACAUAUAAGGAAUGGAGGUGACAAAAAGAAAGAACUUCUUUCUGUUUCAGGGAGAUUGUCUCUUUCUGGAUUGUAAUUCUUGAGUGUUUUGAGUGUAUCAUGUGAAAUUGUUUUCCUAAGUUAUAUAUAAAAGAUUCUGUUGUGAUUAUUUUCAUAGUUUUAUAUUGAUAAAGGAGGCUAGAUUUUUUCCUAAUGUUAGAAAAAGUAAACUUACUAUCAUUGCAAAAUAAUAAAAAUUAAAGCCUUU